AGCGUGUACGCGCAGUGUGUGUUGAAGCUGGACAAUGUAAACAAAAACAGCUGCAGUGAAGAAUUUAUAGUGUUCACGACUUGUUUGCGUAAGGCGGCGGCUUCCAUGAACACCCGUUUGUAGUGUUUUGCUUUUUUUUACAUAAGAUGCUUUCAAGUUUGCUGGCAUUGGACUAUAAAGUCCAUUUGGUAAUAUCAUUGGUGACUCGGUUGGUUUUGAUUUGUUAUGGCGAGUAUCACGAUAAAAUAUCAGAAGUUCCCUACACGGAUAUAGAUUAUAAGGUUUUUACGGACGCGUCGAGGCAUGUCCUGGCUGGGAAUUCUCCUUAUUCGAGGCACACGUUCCGUUACUCCCCUUUGUUGGCUUUGAUUUUAAUACCCAAUGUAAUGUGGCACCGCGCGUUCGGCAAGAUUCUGUUUUGCAUGGUAGACGUAUUGGUCGGGCUGCUCAUUAGGAUAAUUGUGAAAAACUCUAUUCAAGCUUACCAACCAUAUGAAGGUCCUAAAAAAUACGGGCCGGAUGGCAAACAAAUUUCUCGCAGGAAUAAACCGGUAAAGACAAAAAUACAUAGAUCGAACGAUGCGGAAGAAUGGGCGGACUAUAGCAUGUUGAGUUGGUUGUAUAAUCCCAUGACCCUCGCGAUAUCAACCAGAGGUAACUGCGAUUCUUUAGCUUGCCUCUUGAUUUUAACGACUGUUUAUUUUCUGCAAUACCGAAGAGCAUACUUUGUCGCAGGACUGUUGCACGGGUUGUCUAUACACUUCCGGUUGUUUCCUGUCAUAUACAGCCUGACUUAUUUCAUGUUUCUCAGCAGUUAUUCCUAUUAUGGCGACGCCGAUUUAGACUCGCGCAAAGGUGGCACUGGAUGUGACUCGCCACAGAAUAGCGUCGCAAACACGGACCCAUACGGCCGUACCAACACCAUUUUUAAAAAGAAGUAUUUGCUGUACUUCAUGCCAAACAAGAAUCAAUGGAUGUUGGUAUGCGGUUGUUGCCUUUCGCUGACCGCACUUACUGGCGUUUUUUACUCUCUUUACGGUUACGAAUUUUUAUAUCAAACGUACAUAUACCAUUUUGUCAGGUCGGACCCGAGGCACAGCUUUUCUUUGUAUUUUUAUCAGCAGUACCUUACUGCCUGGAUUGAGAACGUCGGUUUGUGGCAAAAAAUUUUAACGGUUUUACCUCAAAUUGUGUUGCUUUUCGUUUUCUCCGUGAGGUACGGUCUAAACAGGUUGGCGUUGAAUUUCGCCAUUUUAACGCAGACCAUAGUGAUGGUUAUCUACAACAGAGUGAUUACAUCGCAGUAUUUCGUCUGGAUCAUGGGAAUACUUCCGCUUUGUAUUUGGCAACUGAAAAUGUCGAGAAAACUGACGCUCGCGUUGACCACUGUGUGGUUCUUGGCGCAGGGAGCGUGGCUAUUGCCGGCCUAUUUUCUCGAGUACCGUGGACAGAACACGUUUAUGCUCAUCUGGUUACAGGGCGUGUCGUUUUUUUGUGUAAACGUGGCCAUUUUGGGGCGCAUGGUAACUUAUUUUAUGACGGUACGAGCGAAAACCACUUAAUCCUGUCACAUUUUGUAGUUAAAUUUGUAUGAAUUGUAUAAAAUAAUCAUAUUGA